AUGAGCGGAGCUGACGAUGAGAGGCCGCAGCCUCAGGGAGGUGCUGACACGUUACGGACUCUUCAGGAAGAGGAGCAUCGGGAACGUGAGUAUAUUAGAAAAGAGCUCUACAGUUCUCUAUUAAACGGUGAUAACGCCGAAAGUGGCGAUGAGCCGUCAACAAAGGAGACUCUGCGCAUGUCCAAGGAGGCACGUGAGGAACUUAAUAGGGCUGCAUUUCGUCCAUUGAAGGAUAAGGCAGCGGGUUUCCGUCUAUUUGCACAAAAUAUGAGAAUGCCGCAUAACCAACGGGUUGCGUCUGUCUUUCUCUUGUUUUCGGUGCUCAUGCUAACUGUUCCUAUUUUAAUCCUCCUCAUCGGCAUGCAUAUUGUUGCUCCCUUUGCGGAUGUUGAUCCGGGAACCUGCGGCGGUUUGAUGGCGGUAUUUUCUACUAUAGUGAUAAUGACGGUAUACGUUGUUUACUCUUUAAGGGAAGCGCCUCUUGCUAGUGAAGCCGAAGCUAUUAAUCCCGACAAGAAGCAGGACUGA